AUGGGCACGAUCACUCACCGCAAGGAUGAGGAGUACUUCAUGCAGCCACACAACCACCAGGCAUGCGAGAGCCAGUACCAGCAGCUGAAGGAGCGUGCACUCAAGUUGGGCGGUGCCUACCACACACUGCUCCGUUGCAUGGUGGCGCGUGUCUACGAGCGCAUCUAUGGCAAGGCAUUGGAUGACAUAGAAAGCCUGGAGGAGGUGGACAACAUCACCAACAUUACCGACUGUGUCUCGAUCGACAGCUGCAACGAAGGAAUCGAGUUACUCUGGGACAUUGCAUUGUUCAUGUGGUGUGACUCUGGCAUCAUGUGGCACUCAUUCCUUGGCGGUCUCCUUGUGACCAAGGAUCGUCUCGUUGGCGAUGACACUGCUGGCUAUGGAUAUGAGGACAGACCAUGGGAGAAGCAGAAGGGUCAAGAGUAA